CUCCAGAAGUCUGACAAAAUUUAAGCGACAGAAAAGUCUUCCUUCUUUUUACAGGAAAACACAAUGAAAGGAAUUCACUCUCUGGCUGGACUGCUGCUGUUGAUUAUCGUUCAAGGUAGCUGGCAGAUCCCUCUUCAAGAAAGGGAGGAUAAGUCUAGGUUAUUGAUAAUUACAGAAAUUGAACCAAGUGAUGAAGCCAGAGAGCUAUCACAUGUCAAACGUCACUCACAAGGCAUGUUCACCAAUGAUUACAGCAAAUAUUUGGAAGAAAAGAGUGCUAAAGAGUUUGUGGAGUGGUUAAAGAAUGGCAAAUCUAAAAGGAGUGGAAUGACAGAAGAGGAACUAACCGAUGAGCCUGGAGAGCUGACAAACGUGAAACGUCACUCUCAAGGGAUGUUCACCAAUGACUUCAGUAAAUACUUGGAGGAAGAACAUGCUAAAGAGUUUGUAGAAUGGUUGAAGAAUGGUAAAUCUAAAAGGAGUGGCAGACCAUAGUGAGUCCAUGAAUGAAGAUAUGCCACUGUUGAAAAUGUUUCAUACAACAGCUGGAAAACCUUCAAAAUGUGUGAUUAAUGACAUCAUCAUUCUAUAGUAUAGAAGUUACUUGUAUACAUUUAAAUUAAUAAACACAAUCAGUAAAUAGUCCGGUUAUUACACAAGACUGAUGUAAAUGAAUAUAUGAAAUACUCAAAGUCAUGAUAUUCAAAAUAUUUUGUUCUUUUUUGCAUUUCCUUUACUAAAACAAUCCAACUGAUAAUAAAACAAAUACUCAGUUAUUAAAAUAUAUCAACCUCUGGUGUUCAGACAAAAUGGUAUUGUUUCAUAAAUACGAACUUCACCCAUAAUACCUAUUUACUAUUUGCUGCAGAGUUACCCAUAAUGAUGAAUGAAGUAAAACAUUGUAUAAGAAACAGCAACUAAAAGUGCCCCCAAUUAAACACUUCAAAUGCAUGGAAUACUAUGGGUGUCAAAAAAAUAUUACGGUGAUGCCUGCAUCUGUAAAUAAGCCUGUGGUGCAUUAUGAAGGGCUAUCUUAUUAUAGCAUUACUGAUAAAGUCUACUUACUUUGGGAUAUUACAAUUUUUUUUCUAAAUGUAUCCACAUUGACUUAAUUACAUUACCCAUACCAAUCUUUGACAAAGGUCAACUGCACAUGAUAAUAGGUUAGUAGGCAAUAGGACCAUGCAGUCAGAUCAAGUGAAGUCUUGAACUUCUUUAAUCUGAUGAAAGUUUUGAUGUUUUCUGAAAAGUACAAUGAUGUUACCAUAAUAGAAAAGAACAACCAGCAAUGCAGGGGUGGAGUAGUCAGACAGUAAAUUGUUUCUUAUUUGUCCACCUGUAUGUCUUACAUUUGUGCAAAUCACUUCAAAACCAUAAAUUAUGAUGAAACUUGGCAUAAGUUAUUGUGAGCAGCAGAUUGUGGGGAUAUAUGGAGGUGGCCCUCUGUCUGUACAAUCAUUGAUCUAUCUGUAUGUCACACUUACACUUACAUAAUUAGGGUUACACCACAUACUGUUAUAUAUGAAUCAUUCUUUUCAAUUGAGACAUAUUUGGAGUCACUUGGAAUGCCUCUACAACACAAACCUAGUAAAAAUUGUAAUUUUAGAAAUCCAAUAAAACGAAAUAUACACAUUGUUUUUUUCCCUUUUUAAUCAAAUUAUUAUAUUUUUAGUUUCUGUGAGGAUGACUUCAAAAUUGUUUCUGAACUUGAGAAAAAUCUACGAGAAUUUGUAAUGAAAACUAUUUUG